AGAGACGUGGCACGCGGACGUUCGAACGCUCGGAGCCGUUGACGGAGCGUGUGCGUCGUCCUGUUUCCUCCAGCGAGCUGUUGAACGCGUUUCCGGACCACAGACAUGGCCUCGAAUAAUGGCUCCGCUGGUAAAUGGGAGGUGGUGAAGAAGGGAAAGAAAAGCAACAGCUCGACAGCGGGAAAGAACCCGGCCGACAAGAAACCAGGCGGCGCAGGGAGGAAAGCGCUCGGCGAAGCCAACCAGCCGUUCAGACCGCCCCUCAAGAUGUCAGAGACUCUGUACGAUGGCUUUGAGAAGAUGGGAAAGAAACGGAACAAGGAGCAGGUUCCACCACCAGCCGAGCCACAAGCCAAGAAGUCCUCGUCAAAUAAACAAUCCAAGAAAUCCAACUCCAGCAAUACGUCCACCCCCACAACACACAAGACCCUGGAGGAAGCCAUCAAAGCUUUGGAUCUUGAGGAUAUGAAGCAGCAGCUGGCUCGCAGCCAGAGCCUGUUCCCACAAAACCCGUCAGUGUGGCUCAAAGACCUGGCAGGAUACCUCAACCUGUAUCUGACCACACCCGACACGGACCCCACACUCAGCAGCCAUGCUCACGACUACCCCUACUGCCUUAUAGGGAAGGAGCUGAAGGGCAUCAUCAAAGGCCUCAUCGGUCGCUGCAGCGACAUUCUGCCUGAUUUCUUUGACCACUGUGUUUCCACUAUGCUCAGGGAGCUGGACAGACAGUCAGGUGAACCGCUGCAUGGAUACAGAGUCUGCAUUCAGGCAGUCCUGCAGGACAAACCCAAGAUCGCUACUCAGAACCUGCCAGAGUAUUUGGAGCUGUUGCGGUCAGUUCAGAAUCGACCGGUGAAGUGUUUGACUAUCAUGUGGGCCCUCGGCCAAGCAGGAUUUUAUGACCUCAGCCAGGGACUAAGAGUGUGGCUUGGUAUCAUGCUUCCGGUCCUGGGAGUGAAGUCUCUGUCUGCGUAUGCUAUUGCCUAUCUGGAGCGACUUCUCCUGCUUCAUGCAAACCUGACAAAAGGGUUUGGCAUCAUGGGCCCUAAAGAGUUCUUUCCUUUACUGGAUUUCGCCUUCAUGCCCAAGAAUGCCCUGACACCGAGCCUGCAGGAGCAGCUCAGGCGCCUGUACCCUCGACUUAAAGCUCUUUCAUUUGGAGGCAAACCUGAGAGCACGUUACACAUGUACCUGCCCUCGUUUCUGUCCAGAGCCACGCCGAAUUGUCCAGAUCAGAUGAAGAGAGAGCUGCUGAGCAGCAUGACGGAGUGUUUGUGUGUGGACGUACAGAGUCUAGGAGUGUGGAGACAGCUCUACACCAAACACUUGCCCCAGUCCAGCUUGCUGUUGAAUCAUCUAUUGAAGUCAUGGAACAUCCUCCCACCGAAGCUACGGAAGAACCUGGAAGAGACGAUUCAGUCUUUCCGAGUGACCAAUGAAGAGAUGAGAGACACCAAUGAAUCUCGGGACCUUCAGGAGUGUAGUAACCUGUGCCAGAAUCUCCAGGUAAAGAUGCGCGGUCACGGGUUCCCCUGGUCCAAACUUCUGAUGGUUCUAUUAGUGUUCGCUGGCGGCUUCAUUGUCCAUGACAUCAGAUCCCACGGUUCCUUCACCGAUUCCACCAGUGCCAAGUAUCUGCGCAGCUCAGGGGUCACAGCUGUAUCUCAAGAGGCCUGGGGCAAAGUUACAGUCUACUCAAAACAGGGCUUCAGCUGGUUGGAGACGAACACUCCAUAUUAUUACUCUGAGUGUGUGCGUGUUUUGGGGCCUGUGCUAGAACAAGGUCUGGAAAAGGCAAAAACUGCAGUGAUUGUCAUUUCUGAAAACACCACACAGUUUAUAAUCUGGGUCAGAGAAAAGACGCCUCUGGUCAUAGAAUGGGUGAACGCCAAAACCCCCGACAGCGUGUUCCAGGCGCUGGCGUAUCUGAGGGAGCUGCUCCUCUUCCUCCAUCAGAACUACGUCCUGCCAGCGCUGGCCUCCAUGUCGAACCUGCUGCAGCGAGCGUGGGCCGACCUGCAGGACUCCUGCAACGGGGAGGUGUCCGUAUCGUGUCUGCAGGCCCACGCGCUCUCCUUCACCAACACAACGUGGCAGCUGCUGCAGCACACAACGUCCGCCAUCAAGACAUGGGCUCAGGAGCUGCUGACGCAAGCAUGAGAACAUCAGACCCCGACUGGUUCACACACCCGCAAUAUACACACACACACUGACCCGGUUCCAGGCUGUGUCGCUCCUCUUCAAAGCCACGAUUGGACACUGUAGGGUCAAAAAACAAACUCUUGGCUUAUCAAUCAUUUUGGUUUUGUAUAGAUCUUUUUUUCUAACAGUCCUUUGUCGUAUCUCCCUCCUUGAGUUUUCUAUUGCAAAUUUCAGCUGUUGCUCAAACUCUGGGUUGAGCAAUUUCCGUAAUUUAUAGAUACUGCAGGUUUGUAGAUGAUUUCUAAAAAAAAAUUAUUUAAACAUAUAUGAAACAAGUGUUAUGUGAAAUUUUGCUAAAGAGCAGGGGAACGUCCAAAAAAAGUCCUGUGAAGACCACUUUGUGUUGAGUCUGUAUCAUCAGGUGCGCUACGGUUCUGUCUUCAAAGGAAAGGCUGACAUCUGCUGGUAGAUCGACUCCUUCACAGCAUUUAAACGGGUCCUUAUCAGCCGCAACAGGGUCCAAGUAGCCUCGCUUCACUCUGAGGCAGGUGUUUAGCCUCUGCCUCUGUUUCACCUCAUCUUGUUUUUGUCUCUUUAUUUUCUCACACUUCAUCCGCUGUCAGUAGUUUUAUGCCUGAGCUAAAACCAGCGCUGCAGUCGUGGACCUGCAUGUGAAGGCUGAAGACGUUCUCAAUUUACUUUGUGCCAACAUCCUUCUUUGUGUUGACAGGACAGACAUUUAUGACCAGCUGAUUCAGCAACUCUUUGUGAAAACAAGAUGUUUAGGUGGAUAUGGCAAUGUCCAAUGUCUUACUUUGUAAUAUAAAUGAUUUAUAAUAAAGACUUCAGCCCUAA